AUGUCGUUCAGAUAUAACUUGGACGGAAGCAGACGGGAAGAAACAGAUCAAGAACGUGCUGCCGAUGAAGAAGAAUCUAGAAGACGAUCGAAUCGUGGAUCCCAUGGACCUCGAAUAGCUCCGUUUUCAAGGCACGAAGCUGCAUCCUUUGCUUCCAAAGUGCUGGUUUACUCACAGCAUGAAACUCCUUGGACCAGAAAUGUUGACAGAGCUUUGUUUCAAGGCAUGCUGGCUUAUUCAAAGACGGAUUUUCCUCGCACCACAGAACCACCUUUUCGACGACACUCACCACAAUACGAUGAAUUCAAGGAAUUCUACAUCAAAUACGUCAAUCUACGAAACACGAAAACCUUGAAUGAAAUCACCGCUGCUGAUACUGCAAGAAGGCCGAUUGCUGCUUUUGCAUUGGAGACCGAAUGGAUGCUCAUGAAGACAGCCCUGCAGUUGUUUCAAGACUAUAGUGUGAAAAAGCGGACUGCCUUAGAAGAAAAAGUUACAAAGGAUCGUGCUGCUUUACCAGUUUAUGCUUUUCGCGAGCAGAUUGUUGAAGCAGUCAAAACCAACCGUGUCGUAUUGAUUGCUGCUGAUACAGGUGCCGGCAAAUCUACACAAGUCCCACAAUACCUAAUUCAAGCAGGCUGGGAUCGUAUAGCAUGUACCCAACCUCGUCGAAUAGCGUGUUAUUCCCUUGCACGACGGGUCAGCUACGAGAGUUUCAACGUGUAUGGAUCUGAAAUCGCAUAUCAAGUACGAUUUGAAGGGACCAAGACUGCCAAAACAAAAAUUCUGUUUUUGACUGAGGGGUUGCUUUUGAGGCAGGCUGCUGCAGAUCCAAUGCUAGCACAGUAUUCGGUCAUCAUUGUGGAUGAAGUCCAUGAACGACAUAUUACAUGUGAUUUCUUUCUAGGCGUGCUGAAACGAUUGUUGGUCAUUAGACCUGAUGUCAGGAUUGUGUUGAUGAGUGCUACAAUCAAUGCUCAAUUGUUUUCAGAGUAUUUUAAUGCUCCUGUCAUUGAGAUUCCUGGUCGAAUGUAUCCAGUAGCGAUACACUAUUUGCCUAGUGAAAAAGAAGAUCCAAACCUGGUUGAUGAGAAGAUAGCUGCUGAACGUCGAAAGUCGCGAGUCAAGCAAUCCAUCGCUUCCAAGGGUGGUAAAAUCUCUGCAGCACCAUAUCUUCAAAUUAUGGAACGCAUCGAUCAAACAAUCCCAGAAUCUGAACGUGGUGAUUUACUCGUCUUUGUCUCUGGAAUGCAAGAAAUGACUACACUCUCAGAUGAAUUGAGAAAUUAUGCACAGCAUACCAAGAAAUGGAUUGUUUUGAUGUUACACUCUACAUUGUCCGUUUCUGAGCAAGAAAAGGUGUUUGAUAUUGCUCCUCCUGGUGUUCGUAAAUGUAUUCUUUCUACUAAUAUUGCCGAAACGUCUGUCACCAUCGACGGCAUUCGAUUCAUAGUUGACUCUGGCAAAGUCAAGGAGAUGGGUCAUGACGCAAAAUACUGGAUUUCGCGGUCGUCUGCCAAGCAGAGAGCUGGUCGUGCAGGGCGUACCGGUCCAGGCGAAUGCUAUCGCUUCUAUUCCAAAAACGAAUAUGAUAAACUGAAUGAGUUUCCUGUACCAGAAAUUUCAAGAGCACCACUCGAAUCGGUCAUGUUGCAGAUACGGGCUUACGGAUUGGGAGAUCCUCGUCGUUUUGAUUUCAUUGAGCCACCACCUGAAGAACACAUCACCUACGCUAUAACUCGAUUACAAAAUCUGCAAGCUCUAGAUGCUCAAGAGCAAAUCACACCUUUGGGGCGUGUCCUGUCGAUACUUCCUGUUGAUGUUGUUUUGGGGAAGUUGAUGAUUCUUGGAACGAUUUCUGACCUGAUCAAUCCAACACUUAUACUGGCUGCUGGUUUGUCCAUACCGUCACCUUUUAUUCGCGUUGACGAAGGGAAGCUAGACAUCAUACGAAAUCGAAACGAGCUAAUGUCAGAGGAUGGUGAUCCAUUUACAUUGUUGAAUCUGUUUUCAGAAUGGUUGCAAGUGAAGUCACGAAAACAGGAAUCAACAAAACAAUGGUGUAUUCGUCGUGGUGUCGAAGAGCAACGAUUAUAUGAAAUGGUCAAACUCACCCAACAGUUUGAGCAAGUGUUGAAGGAGAAUUUGACUGAAAGCAAUGACGAUGAUGGUGAAGGGGAGGCACCAGUUUCAAAGGAGGAAGACGAAACUGGUAACGAUACUGGAGAGAGCGUUUUGGGCAAGAGACGUCGAAAGGAUGAUGCUGAUUGGAAUGAUCCUGCAGCAAGACUACGACGACGGCAAACAGCUAUGUUGGAACGUCAGAAACGGGAACAAGGAGCUGGAAAACGUAAAUUUUUGAAGCUGGAAACUGACGAUGAUGCUUCCCUAGAUGUGGAUGAAGCACCUAGAGUGUCUGGUACUACGUUAGAUAUUGCUGAGGCUUCCAUCAACGAACUUGAAUUUGCUUUAAAGCACGAUCCAAAGCAUUUAUUGGAAAAAUCAUCUGUUGCAUCCUUGACGAAUCGAGAUAUCUCGUUACUGAAAUUGAUACUGUGUUCCGGGUUGUAUCCUCAAAUGGGCAUACGAGAUGACGCCAAUGCACAGAAACGGACCACUGAACAUGUUUUCCAUACCAAAGCUAAGAGGUUCGUAUUUAUGCAUCCUACGAGCGUCUUUGCAGUGCAUCCAGAGUUUCUGCUUCCUAAAGAAGCGGGUCCAAAAAUGAGGACACCUAUAGGAUUUGAUCAAAUGCGUUCUGUCACUGCAGAUACCAAUGCCCCCGAACUUGUCUGUUAUGUUGAGUUGCUUCAAACGACCAAACCAUUUUUAACAAAUGUGUUUCGUGUGCCAUCAAUGCCAUCUUGUCUUCUCUUUGCUAGAUCCAUGGAUUUAUCAUGGGACUUUCUACAUAUCGUUGUGGACGGAUGGCUUCACUUGUCAUUCCCCGACCGAGAAGUAGCUGAGAAAUGUUUGAUAUUGUCUAAUUGGUUACGAACAGCUUGGGAUUUGCUCAUAUGGCGACAGUUGGAACGCGUACAAUCCAAGUUGGGAAUUGCUCCGCCUCCCAAGGAUGAUUCUAACGGUGCUGAAGUAACUAUUGGUACUGUUGUAACAGAUGUGCUUGAACGAGGGAGUCCAGAUGAGGAUGCUGGAGUCAAGGCCAGAAAGAAAAGAUAUGUAGAGUUGACUCAUUUUGAGUUUGUACCUCAUGCUGUUAUGAGACUUCGAGAAGAUUGGGUUAAUGGAUGGUUGAGACGUGGUGUUAAUGAUUUUGAGGAGUUGGAGUCCCAAGACGUCAUGGACCGAUUGGGUCAGUUUCUCGAUAUUGAAUUCCUUGGAAGGGUAGAGAGACUGAGAGUCCAAGACCUGCAUCUUUACUUUGGUUAUGAUCCUUACAAAAGUUACGACUCAUCACGUGUCGAGGCAACUCCAAGUCUCAACUAUUUCUUCGCACAACGGCCACCAGCCAUGUCGUCGAUACUAAGAAAUCUACUCGAAUUGCCAAAUGAGCAGGACUUGGAGCCAUCCACUAUGCCGAAAGAAGUCAAACCACGUCCAGCUGUGGUUCCAGUCAAGUCGAAGGACGAUGAUAUGAUAGCUGUUGUCGAACCAAAAGCUGGUCGACAACGAUUUGAAUGUACAAACUGCAACAGCAUUUUAUUAUUGACGCCGAUAGAGAUUCUUAGACAUAAGCAAUCGUGUAAGUAA